CAUAAAUAAAGUUAUCGCAAUUCAAAAGCAUUUUGUAAUUUGCGAAAUAAAGUGUUGAGACAGGACAAUGUUUGGAAAUUACUAGAGUAGCUCCGACCACAAAUGUAGUCCAACGAGUUAAAUAUAGCCUCCCCUUUUCAGCUCGCCUCCUAUUGGCCAGAGUCUGUGACCACUUCUGUUUAUUGGCGCGUAGUUGAAAGUGUAGCUUUGAGAGCAGAUAGGUAGCAUUAUACGAGAACAUUAGGAGCAUGGAAAAGGGCAGGGACACAUUUCCAUUCCCCUACCAGCCUUAUGAUAUUCAGGAGCAGUUUAUGCAAGCCCUCUACAGAGCACUCGACCAAAGCAAAGUUGGCAUCUUCGAAAGUCCAACUGGAACGGGCAAGUCACUGAGCCUGAUAUGUGGAGCUUUGAGCUGGUUGAGAGAUCAUGAAGAGAAGACGAUACAGGAGGCCGCUGCUCUGCUGCAGGAAGGAGAAGCAGCUCUCUCCACCUCAGCUGCACAGUCCUCCUCCACCAGCUCCUCGGCAGAGCCAGACUGGAUCACUGACUUUGUUCAAAAGAAGGCUGAGCGAGACCUGGUGUCCAAACUGAAGGAGGAAGACUUAAAGAGGAAGAAGAGAGAAGAACGGUUAGAAAUGAUCAGAAAUAAUGCUCAGCUUAAGUAUGCUCUUAAAAGGAAGAGCCAUGAAGAUGAAGAAGCAUUCAAGUUACUUCAGCUCAGCAAAGAGGAUCAAGCUGAGGCACCAGAAGAUCAAGAAGAUGAGGAGCAUAUUGUUGCAGAAUAUGAGAGUGAUGAUGAUUCAAAGAGCAGAAGCAGAUUACUCGGACGUGAUGAUGAGGAAGAAGAUGAGCUAGUUGAAGAACAUGUGACCAAGAUCUACUAUUGCAGUCGCACUCACUCUCAGCUGGCCCAGUUUGUCCACGAGGUUCAAAAGAGCCCCUUCAGUAAGGACAUCAGUCUGGUCACACUGGGCUCACGACAGAACCUGUGCAUUAAUGAAGAGGUGCGACGCCUUGGCAGCAUUCAGCGCAUUAAUGACCGCUGCAUGGAGAUGCAGAAAAACAAGCAUGAAAAGCAGCGUCCUGAAGAUGGUGCAAAACGCAAACGAGGUCCAGCGAAGAGCGUGUGUCCCUUCAACAAAGCCUCUGCAUUGCAGCAGAUGAGAGAUGAAGUUCUGGGAACAGUCUAUGACAUAGAGCAGCUGAUAAAAGUGGGCAAAGACAUCCACUCGUGCCCAUAUUAUGCCACACGCCUUGCAAUCCCUCCUGCAAAGCUGGUGGUUUUGCCAUAUCAGAUGGUACUUCAUGAAGCUACCAGAAGAGCAGCAGGGGUCCAGCUGAAGGGCCAGGUGGUGAUAAUAGAUGAAGCUCACAAUCUUAGCGACACUCUCUCCUGCAUUCAUAGUUCAGAGCUCAAUGGAUCGCAGCUUUGCCGGGCAUAUUCCCAACUUACUCAGUACGCUGACCGCUACAAGAGCAGACUGAAGGCAAAGAACCUGAUGUACAUCAAACAGAUUCUCUUUGCCAUCGAAAGGCUGGUCCGAGUGUUGGGAGGUAAAGUUGGACAGAACCCCCAGAGUCAAAAUACACAAGCAGGAACAGAGAUGCAUACCAUCAACAACUUUCUCUUCAAGGCUGAGAUUGAUAACAUAAACUGGUUUAAGUUGCAAAGAUACUUUGAGAAGAGCAUGAUCAGCAGGAAGCUCAGCGGGUUUGUGGAGAAGUACGCCGGCUCAGGUGUGACGCUGCACACCCAGAACACCUUAAACAAGGAGAACCGACGCACAGAAGGGUUACUAAACUACUUAAAGACCCUAAAAAGCAACCAGAACUCUGCAUCUGUUCCCCAACCAGACCUGCAGGAGUCAGCUGAGGCAGAGAAAGUGCUCUCUGCAUCUCCCAUGAUGCAAAUCGAGGGCUUCUUCAUGGCUCUCACCAACAGCAACACUGAUGGCCGGGUUUUGGUGCACAGACAAGGCACUUUGUCGGAAAGCAGCAUCAAGUUCCUUUUGCUGAAUCCAGCGGUCCACUUUGCUGAGGUGUUGAAGGAGUGCAGAUCCGUCAUCAUUGCUGGAGGAACCAUGCAGCCUGUUUCAGACUUUAAAGAAGAGCUUUUGCUUUCUGCUGGAGUGGGACAGGAGCGCAUCGUGGAGUUUGCCUGCGGUCACGUUAUUCCCCCGGAGAACAUUCUUCCCAUCGUCAUGUGCAGCGGUCCAUCUGGCCAGGAGCUGGAUUUUACUUUUCAAAGCAGGGAUUUACCAUGCAUGAUGGACGAGACCGGCCGCAUUCUUUCCAACAUAUGCAACGUGGUCCCCGGUGGGGUUGUGUGUUUCUUCCCCUCCUAUGAGUAUUUAAGGCGGAUAAUGUGUCACUGGGAGGCCAGCGGUGCCCUAACCCGACUGUCCAAUAAGAAGAAGAUCUUUCAGGAGCCAAAAAAGCCCAACCAGGUAGAGCAUGUGCUGAGUGAGUUCUCCCGUUGUAUCCAGAGGUGCGCUCAGGAAAGCAGUGGACUGACCGGAGCGUUGCUUUUUUCUGUGGUUGGCGGAAAGAUGAGCGAGGGAAUCAACUUCUCUGAUGACCUGGGCAGGUGUGUGGUAAUGGUUGGAAUGCCAUAUCCCAACAUAAAAUCCCCAGAGCUGCAGGAGAAGAUGUCGUACCUCGACAAACACCUGCCUCACAGUCAAGGAAAGAGCCCCGGACAAGCACUAGUAGAGAACCUUUGCAUGAAGGCUGUCAAUCAGUCCAUAGGUCGAGCUAUCCGUCACCGUGGCGACUAUUCCUCUGUAGUGCUGUGUGACAGGCGUUACUCUCGUCCCGCCACGCUCUCUAAACUUCCAGCUUGGAUCAGGAGCCGCACAAGCACAUAUGCAACGUUUGGUCCCGCUUUUGCUGCCUUACGCAAGUUCUUCAUGGAGAAGAAACAGCAGCAGGUCUUUCAGAACGACUCAUGAAAGAAAACACUUGUUUUUUUAAUACGGUAAUUAAUUUUCUAAGAAAUAAAAAUUUUAAAUGAUAUUUAGGGGAAAUCAUUACCUUAAAGAGCACUUCAACCAACAGUUUGAGAAUAAAUGCUCUUUAUUUUUCAGGUGACAUAUUUUCUGCUGUCAUCAACACUGUUAUUCAGCUCUAAACUAAUGCAGCUCAUCAAUGGAAUAAAGAGUUUUUUCAUGGCA